CCGCCGCCGCCGCCUCCCGCUACCGCCGCCGCUGCGCCUGCUGCUCCUCGCCGUCCCCGCUGCAGUGCGAAGGGCUCGAAGAUGGCCGGUUGGCAGAGCUACGUGGAUAACCUGAUGUGCGAUGGCUGCUGUCAGGAGGCCGCCAUUGUCGGCUACUGCGACGCCAAAUACGUCUGGGCAGCUACGGCCGGGGGCGUCUUCCAGAGCAUAACGCCAGUAGAAAUAGAUAUGAUUGUAGGAAAAGACCGGGAAGGUUUCUUUACCAACGGUUUGACCCUUGGCGCAAAGAAGUGCUCAGUGAUCAGAGAUAGUCUAUAUGUCGAUGGUGACUGCACAAUGGACAUCCGGACAAAGAGUCAAGGUGGGGAGCCAACAUACAACGUUGCUGUCGGCAGAGCUGGUAGAGUCUUGGUCUUUGUAAUGGGAAAAGAAGGGGUCCAUGGAGGCGGAUUGAAUAAGAAGGCAUACUCAAUGGCAAAAUACUUGAGAGACUCUGGGUUCUAGCUGCUAGGCAGACUGUUAAGUAUUAGGGGAAAAUUGCUCUUAAAUUUUCCUAGCUGUAAGCUUGAGUCUUAAUUCUGGAAAUUUUAUUAGCAAUGCAGGGUGAUGGGGUAUGAAUCUGUGUCUCCUUUGUAUCCCUCUAUUGGUGGGGAAAGGUGUCUUUCUUUCUGGCCCCCUCUCCCCCUUAAAUAAUUCUGUUCACUUUUGUUUUGUUUCCUUGUGUACUCCAGCAUUGGUUAUAGUCAUGGGAAAGGAAGGUGUCCACGGAGGCACACUUAACAAGAAAGCAUAUGAACUCGCUUUAUACCUGAGGAGGUCUGAUGUGUAAGCAGCCUCUCCCCAUCUACCUAGCAACUGUCUUCAUCACUACACCCCAGUUAUGGUCACUGUGCUAUAAAACUAGAUGGUAGUUAAUUUUUCUAAUUUCUUUACCUAUUUUCUAAUGUCAUGAUUCCUGUUUGCCCAAUGGAUCAUUUGUAUGUUAACCACUGUAUGUAAACAACCUUUAUCUGGCAACAUAAUGCAGCACAAUAAUGAUUUGCAUGAUACCUUAAAUUUGGGGGGAGGGGGCAUGCCAAGUUGGGCAUCAUUUUGUCUUAGCAAUUAAUGGGAUAUUGAUUACUAAAAUUAGUUAAUAUUAAGGUGCCGAUUGUACAAUCUCUAAUUUGAUCAAUGUCUUUUCAGCACUUUGAGCAUUUUCUUGGCUCAUUUAGUCUUCCUUUUGUAGUGCAUGGUAGGGAGGAAAAAGUGCAUGCAUCUUUUUCUUUGCUUGUCUUUUCCCACCCCCUCCCUUCACACAUAAGGUAUUUGGUUUGUUUCCAUCUUCUUUUACAGAGUGCCUGGUUUAUUUAACCAAUUAAUGUCCCUUUUGUUGAUGAGCUACUGAGAAUUACAAUAGUUUGCUUUUAGUAUUGUUGUUGCACUUAAAUAGAGAGAAACUUUUGUUCAUAGUCUACAGGACAUAUUAAGAGUGCAACUACAAAACAAGAGCAAAAGGCAUUUCCUCCCAUGACCUUACAGUAACCAUAUUGAUUAAAUCCCCAGGGACAUUCUAUCAUUGCAAUAGCUCAUAUUUUUGUUCCUGUCUUUCUCAUUGCACACCAGCUCUACUCUUUAGUAAAAUUGUAAAAGGCUGCCAUUAUGGACAUUAGGUAUCCCAAAAUAACCAUCUGGAGUGUGUCCAGUUUGUUCUUAAUAGGACCAAUUUUAUUUGCAGCUUGAGUUUUUAUAUGAAGUUGCAUUGUUGUGGACUUGGCUGUCUUGUGAUGAAUUUUUUUUUUUCAUAUGUAUUCUGUGCCAUACAUACUAUUGUUAAAGAAUGAACUGUUGCUAUUGUGAGAUGGAUUUUAACUGACCUAGUAAAGGUUUCUUUCAAAUGGCACUACUUUAGGGACAUUCUAGUAUUUGCUUCUAUUGUUUGGGCCUUGUGGAUAAUGUACAGAUUUAAAAACAAAUCUUGUUGCUGAUUUGUCCAUUUCUUUCCCUGCACUUUGUUACAUCUGGGAUACAGUCUAACUCAUCUGAUUUAAUAUGCAUUUAAAAAAAUGCCAUAACUAUUAAACACCUUGUUUACAGACAGAUGAAAUAAAUUUAUUCCAACCAAA